UUUGUGAAACAAACACAGGGUGUCGCUGCCUUCCAUGUUUCCAUCAUUGUCGUUUCAAAAGGAAUACAGCUUUCUUAGGAAGGUCCGCCUCAUUAUUUGCCUGUUUUCCAGAAAAUCGACUCCGUGGAUUCAGCUUUCUACGUGUAUUUAUAUUUAUUUUAAAUUUAUUGCAGUUUCAUUAUCGGAACAAAGGAAAAUAUACUGCAAACCACACCAGUGUGUAAGCUUCAUGUAAUUUUCGAAAAUGGUCAUUCGGGAAAAUCGAAGACUGCAUGGCUAUAGACAGAUUUCUCUGUAUUCUGUUGUUCUUCUGAGCUUUUGGACGAACGCAUUUGCACAUCUACGGUAUUCUGUUUCAGAAGAGUCAAUACCAGGGACGAUUAUCGGCAACGUUAUGAAGGAUUUGGGUCUCGACGUCAGAAAUGUCGAGGCCCGAGGGUUUCGUGUGAUAUCUGGAUCAAAACAGCAGCUGUUGCAGGUAAAUCUCAAAACUGGAGACCUUUUAGUGAAAGAAAGAAUUGAUAGAGAAAUGCUUUGCGACAGAGAUCAGGCAUGCUUUACUAGCAUUAAAGUUGCAAUGGAAAAUCCCUUAGAAAUACAUCAAGCAGAGAUUGAAAUUAUAGAUAUAAACGAUAAUUCCCCGGCCUUCCAAAGCAAACAGAAAACCCUAGAAAUUUUAGAAUUAACUCAAAUCGGGUCUCGUUUUCCACUAGAGGGGGCUUUCGAUCCAGAUUCUGGAGUUAAUUCGUUAAAAUUCUAUCAAGUAAGUCAAAAUGAUUAUUUUAUUUUAGAAGUAAAGGAAGGUAGCCAGAAAAAUAAAAUUCCCGUGUUGGUGUUACAAAAAGCCUUGGACAGAGAAUUAAAACCCAAAUUUGAAUUUUUGUUAACAGCAGUCGAUGGCGGUAAUCCUCCGAGAUCUGGAGAUAUGAAUAUUACAAUAAUAGUCAGUGACGUGAAUGAUAAUGCCCCGGUUUUUGUUGAAGAAAUAUACUUUGUUACAUUAGAGGAAAAUGUUCCGUUAGGUACGCUUAUUUUAAAAGUAAAUGCUACUGAUUUAGACAAGGGUAGUAAUGGCGACGUUGUCUAUUCGUUUGAGGAAUCUGCAGGAAAUAAAAUUAAAGAAUUGUUUGAGUUGGAUAGUUAUACUGGGGAAAUAAAAGUAAAGGGUUUAAUAGAUUUCGAACAAAAGAAAGUGUAUGAGAUUGAAGUGAAGGCUACAGAUAAAGGACAUGUACCCAUGAGUAGCCACUGCACAGUUGUAAUUAAAAUAAAAGAUGUUAAUGACAACGCACCAGUUAUAGAAGUACCAUCUUUAACAAGUGCAGUUUUCGAGGAUGUAAAGCCAGGUACAGUAGUCGGGCUGAUUAGUAUCACAGACGUAGAUUCUGGAGUUAAUUCAAAAAUAGCAUGUACCACAUCUGUUACCCUACCAUUUGAAUUAAAGCCAUCGCUUCAGGAAAAUCUGUACUCUUUAACAACAAAAGCAAGACUUGAUAGAGAAUUGGCAUCCCAGUAUAAUAUAACAAUAACUGCAAAAGACUUUGGUCAUCCUUCUCUAUCAUCUUUUGAAACUGUUCUAGUGAACGUGCUGGAUGUAAAUGACAAUCCUCCAAGAUUUUCAAAAGAUUUUUAUGUAUUCUACGUAGAGGAAAAUAACACUCCUGGAACCCCAGUGCUUGAAGUUAGUGCUGUGGAUGCGGAUACAAACGAGAACGCAGUUAUCACUUAUUAUCUGCGGGAAAACGAAGCCACGGAAAAUCCAGUGGUGCCUUUUCUCACCAUCAGUUCUGACAAUGGACAAGUGUUUAGCUUCAUAACCUUUGACUUUGAAGAACUGAAAAGCUUUAAAUUCGUUGUUGUAGCCAAAGACUCCGGAAUGCCUUCACUAAGCAGCAGCGUUACCGUGACCGUUCUCAUUUUGGAUAAAAAUGACAAUCCACCAGUUGUCGUGUUUCCAUCCGUCACGAAUGGAACUGCAGUUGUGGAAGAGACCAUCGCAAGAAACGUGAAAGCUGGUUAUUUAGUUACAAAAAUCAGAGCUUAUGAUGCUGAUGUAGGAUAUAACGCAUGGCUUUCUUUUUCUCUGGAAGAUGCCACUGACCUGUCACUUUUCAGAGUGGGGCACUAUACAGGAGAAAUCAGGACGCUUCGGGCGAUGACUGAGUCUGAUGUCACUGCUCAUAAGUUGCUUAUAGUAGUGAAGGACAACGGAAUCGUUUCAUUUUCUGCAUCUGCAAAAGUAAUCGUUACUGUAGCUGAACACACAGAAGCACACGCCUUUUCUGAAGUUAAAAGCAGUCCUGCCCAAAAUGAGCCAGAAAAUAAUAUAACAUAUUACCUGAUUAUUGUUUUAAGCUCAGUCUCAUCUUUAUUUUUAAUCAGUAUAACUACUGUUAUUGCUAUCAAAUGUCACAGAAUAUAUGAGAAUUUUAAAAAUAAGAAUUACUUAAGUGACACAAACUAUGGAGAAGUGAGUGGAUCACUUUUUCAUAACCAACAGUACCAAACAGCUGAAAAGAGAUUAAUUUUUGUUGGACCAGAGGUAAACAGAGAUUCAGUUGUGGAUGUGGGGAGCAAUGCAAAUACUCUUGUCAUUUCUGACAGUGGAAUUAAAAUCCAGCAAAUGGUGAGUUAUUGUUAA